GUGGCAGAAACAGACUUGCCUGAUAGUGGUCCAUGCUUUGAUCAGACUCCAUCUGAACAUGUUUAUGUUGAAACCGAUCCAGCUACAAACACUCCACAGGUUGGCCAGGCUUCUCUUGAUUCGGAGAUGCAAACUGUGUUAGCUCUACGCGAAUAUUUGUGUGGUCUGCAAUCUGACACCGGCAGGACCAUAAUAGAUUAUGGUGAAUAUUCAGCGACAUGUUCUGACAUAUAUGAAUCUUUUGCCGAUGGAAAGUGUCUCGACAAUGGAUUCAUGCAGUGUUUCAUCCAAUGUGUUAUUCAUGAUGCAAAAAAUCAGCAGACUUCCAUGAGUUCGAACAGUUUGGUUCUUGAUGUUAAUGUUGGGUCAAUACUCAACUUUGAGGAACAGGAACGACACAGUCGCAAUCCUCAACCUUUUGAUGAAUCUGUACUCCACACACUUCUAGACAAUUCAUUGCCUGAGACAGAUGAGUUGGACCAAUGCAAAGCGAUCAUGGUCCCCAUGGUAAGCAGGGGGCAUUGGACAUUGUAUGUUGUCAACAAGGUCAAGAAGUGCAUUCAUAUUUUAGAUUCCAACCCAUAUGGACCAACACUUGGUGGAACUACAUGGAAGGACUAUCAUUUUGCACAUUUGGGCUCAGGUGGCAGAAAGUUACCCUGGGCUAAGGUUAUUAUGAGCAGAUUAAACAAAGCAAUACAACAUGUGCGGCCCAGUUCAUGCUUUCCCAAGUUUGGUAACUUCACAAUUGACUUGUGCCAAAAUUGUCCUAACAUGGCAGCUGGAUCAAAUGAUUGUGGGUUUUAUGUCAUGGGUUACAUUCUAUUUUAUCAAUGCGACGAAGGAUCUUUGCGGUCAGACAUAGAAGCAGGCAACACCAGUGAGAUACGGUCUCUUGCGCUGCAUUACAUCACAUUCCACCCGAAGAACAAAGCAUUAUCGCUGCUCCAAGACAUCCAAAGAUUCAAGGUCUAAAGGAUGUAGUUUAGUUUGGUCAUGUAAUAUAUUCUGUAUACAAUGGUUCCCUAAACUUCAGAUCAGUCAUCUGUGUAUAUUAUGGCCAAAGUCCGUAGACGUUU